CCAAAAAUAAGAAGGGACCUUCACUUCGGUAUGGAGUUAGGCUAAAAGUCAUUGGGUCAUUUCAAUCAGAAAAUAGGAAAUUAAUUUUUCUUUAUGAGUCUCUCUUUUUUUUCCUGAAUUUAGUCAACUCAAUAGGUUGAAUUUUUGCUUGCUCUUUUUAACAGAGCAAUUUAUUGGUUUAGGAUUUAUGUCUUUAAUCAUAAAAUAAACUUCAUUGUCUUCUAUAGGUUUUCAUGUAAAUUUUAAUAUAUUUUUGUAUCUCAGGUAAAAACAAGAUAAUAAAGCUGAGUUAGACUUAAAAUAAUGUUUAUAUCCUAGCCUCUUCACAUCAAUUUUCUAAGAAAAUAAGUAUAAACAGACUUGAACUACUGAUAUUAUUUUUGAAUGAAAGUUGAUUAUUUUUCCAUGUAAGUAACAAGUAUAAUUUACAUUGAAGUGGAAAUAACAUUCACCCUGAGUAGAUUCAGUGACUGAACAAAAGCUUUAAACUGGUAUAGCCUUACAAAUGUGCUCUAAAUUUCCUAAAAUCAGUGUUAAAUGAAUACAUUAACAUCAAGUAAAUAAUUAUUUGGAUAAAGUAGUAAAUAGUUUAUUAGCAUUGAAUUGAAAUUCCAUUGUGUUGUAGUGGUAACAGGAAAUCUGCAUGUUGAAUCACUCUCUUUAGAGUUAAGUCAAAUAAUUAGAAUAAUUUAGCAUGUAAAAUAUUUAGAAAAACACAAUUAUAGUCUCAGGAAGAGGUUGGAUAUGAAGCAUUCAAAUAUCUUACAUUUCUUUAAAUUCUCUUAAAUGCUGUAUCACUGCUACAAUGUAUGUUGUCCAUAUUAUUUUACACGAUGAUAUAGUUUGUGCAGUAAUAUAUUCUUAGAUGUCUAUAAAGAAGAUGAAAAUUUUCCAGGAACUAUAAUUCUAAGAUAAAACAACCUCUAAUUAGUUACUGGCUAUUGAAAUUAGAACUAUUAGAAGCCUUCAAUGAAAAGCAAACGAAAUCAUUCUGGAGCCUGAUAAGCGAAGAGAGCAGAGCGCAGUUGCACUUACACUUUGAGCCACAGGGUGCCGUUGUUCUCCAACAAAAGCGCCAACAGAAGAAAAUCAGAUCCUCUGCAGACCGGAAAGAAGCUGGUCCCGAGCUUUAAAGACUAUAAACAGCACUCACACUGUUAAUAUUAUCUUAGAGAAAGAAAAUCACUACUACUAAAAAAAUCCAAAGACAAUAUGUUCUUUGUCGCCAUGAAAUACUGCCAUGGAUCCUGGUGCCUGCUGCUCUCACUUUUGCUGUUCACAAUCUGGGAGCCUGGGAGCGGCCAGCUCCGCUACUCCGUCCCAGAGGAGGCCAAACACGGCACCUUCGUGGGACGCAUCGCUCAGGACCUGGGGCUGGAGCUGGCUGAACUGGUACCCCGUCUGUUCAGGGUGGCAUCCAAGGACCGCGGAGACCUUCUGGAGGUAAAUCUGCAGAAUGGCAUUUUGUUUGUGAAUUCUCGGAUCGACCGAGAGGAGCUGUGCGGGAAGAGUGCGGAGUGUAGCAUCCACUUGGAGGUGAUCGUGGACAGGCCGCUGCAGGUUUUCCACGUGGAGGUGGAGGUGAAGGACAUUAAUGACAACCCUCCUGUGUUCCCAACCACACAAAAGAAUCUCUUUGUUUCGGAAACGAGAGCUCUAGAUUCUCGUUUUUCGCUAGAGGGCGCUUCGGAUGCAGAUAUCGGAACCAAUGCUCUUCUGACUUACAGACUGAGUCCCAGUGAAUAUUUCUCCCUGGAAGUACCAACCACAGAUGAGCUGGUAAAACCACUCGAACUAGUGUUAAAAAAACCUUUAGACAGAGAACGAGAUUCAGAGCUUCACUUAGUGGUUAAAGCAACGGAUGGGGGCAAACCUGAGCUCACAGGCACUUUGGAGUUACAUAUUACAGUUCUAGAUGCAAAUGACAACGCGCCAGCAUUUGAUAGAGCAAUCUAUCGGGUAAAACUGGUAGAAAAUGCAAGAAAUGGUACCCUGGUCAUUAGACUUAAUGCCUCGGAUUUGGACGAAGGUUCAAAUGGUCAAAUUUUUUAUUCCUUUGCAGCGGACAUUUCCCCUAAGACAGAAGCCACUUUUCAUAUAGAUCCAGUCAGUGGAGAAAUUAAAGUCAAUGGAAAAAUAGAUUUUGAAGAAACAAAUUUAUGGAAGAUUCAAGCAGAAGCAGUUGACGAAGGCAGUCCUCCAAUGUUCGGUCACUGCACAAUCUUAAUUGAAGUCCUGGACAUCAAUGAUAAUGCUCCCAAGUUAAUAGUAACGUCAUUAUCGCUCCCUAUUCGAGAGGAUGCUCCCGUGGGGACAGUUAUUGCCUUAAUCAGCGUGACAGAUCCUGACUCUACAGUCAACGGGCAGGUGACCUGCUCCCUGUCUCCUCAUGUCCCCUUCAAGCUGGUGUCCACCUUCAAGAAUUACUAUUCACUUGUGCUGGAUGGUGCUCUGGACCGAGAGACCACAGCUGACUAUCAGGUGGUGGUGACAGCGCGGGACGGGGGUUCGCCUUCACUGUGUACCACAGCCAGCGUGUCGGUGGAGGUGGCUGACGUGAACGACAAUGCUCCUGCAUUCGCGCAGCCUGAAUACACGGUGUUCGUGAAGGAGAACAACCAGCCUGGCGCGCACAUCUUCACGGUGUCCGCGGUGGAUGCGGACGCACAAGAGAACGCUUUGGUGUCCUACUCGCUGGUGGAGCGGCGAGUGGGCGAGCGCUUGCUGUCGAGCUAUGUGUCUGUGCACGCCGAGAGCGGCAAGGUGUUCGCACUGCAGCCUCUGGACCAUGAGGAGCUGGAGCUGCUGCAGUUCCAGGUGAGCGCGCGGGAUGCUGGUGUGCCUGCCCAGGGCAGCAAUGUGACUCUGCAGGUGUUUGUACUGGAUGAGAACGACAACGCGCCCACGCUGCUGCCUCACAGAGCUGUCGGAGCCGGCGGGGCAGUGAGUGAGCUUGUGCCUCGGUCAGUGGGUUCAGGGCACGUAGUAGCGAAGGUGCGCGCAGUAGAUGCCGAUUCUGGUUAUAAUGCUUGGCUGUCUUAUGAGCUCCAAUUCGGAGCUGGCAGUGUGCGCAGUCCCUUCCGUGUGGGACUAUACACAGGUGAGAUCAGUAUCACUCGCGCCCUGGAUGAAGCAGAUGUGCCGCGCCAGCGCCUGUUGGUCUUGGUGAAGGAUCAUGGCGAGCCAGCGUUGACUGCCACAGCCACAGUGCUGGUUUCUCUGGUUGAGAGCAACCAGGCACCAAGGACCUCUUCACGGGUGUUGGCGGGUACAGCAGCCUCUGAAUCACCUGUAGUGGAUGUCAAUGUGUAUUUGAUCAUCGCCAUCUGUGCGGUGUCCAGCCUGUUGGUGCUCACACUCGUGUUGUACACUGCUCUGCGAUGCUCAGCACUGCCCACUGAGGUCACCUGUGGACCUGGAAAACCCAUGCUGGUAUGCUCCAGCGCAGUGGGGAGCUGGUCAUACUCUCAAAAAAGGAGGCAGAGGGUGUGCUCUGGAGAGGUCCCACCAAAGACCGACCUCAUGGCCUUCAGCCCCAGUGUUCCUCCUGGUUUGGGUUCUGGAGAUAGUGGUGUCCAGCAAGAAAUCUUUGAGAAUGUAAGUACAGAAAUCUUGGGGUACAUUUCAUGACAGGUGAUGUCACUGAUAUACUCUGUCAAUUCAUGAUUAUAUCUUCAGCAGUAAAUUUGUGUUGCUUUUCUUGAGACGGCCCAUUUAAAGACGACUGGCCAUCUCAUCUCACUUCCCACUCUUGUCAUCCUGGAUAUUAUUUAGUAAUUCUUUCUUCAUGCUAUGUAUAACAAUAGUACUGGUAGCACUGCUAGCAAAAAAUGAAAUAGAAUGACAACAAUUUUUUAAUUAAACAGGUAUGCCAGAAAGAAGUCAAGGAUCAUAAUAGAAAAUACAAAGUGGCAGGGC